AUGGGCGAUAUGGGGGAUCCGCAGAAAAAAAAGCGGCUGAUCUCGCUGUGUGUCGGCUGUGGAAACCAGAUCCACGACCAGUAUAUUCUGCGGGUCUCUCCAGACCUCGAGUGGCACGCUGCCUGUUUGAAGUGUGCAGAGUGUAAUCAGUAUCUCGACGAGUCUUGUACCUGCUUUGUCCGAGACGGGAAAACCUACUGUAAACGGGACUAUGUUAGGUUAUACGGAAUAAAGUGCGCUAAAUGCAACAUCGGUUUCAGCAAGAAUGACUUCGUGAUGAGAGCGCGCUCCAAGGUGUACCACAUCGAGUGUUUUCGGUGUGUGGCCUGUAGCCGACAGCUCAUCCCGGGGGACGAGUUCGCUCUGAGGGAGGACGGCUUGUUCUGCCGGGCCGACCAUGAUGUCGUGGAGCGGGCCACAAUGGGCGCCGGUGACCCCCUCAGCCCCCUCCACCCGGCCCGACCUUUACAAAUGGCAGCAGACCCAAUAUCAGCCAGACAGCCCGCGCUCCGACCGCACGUUCACAAACAACCGGAGAAGACAACUCGCGUCCGGACGGUUCUUAACGAAAAACAGCUCCACACGUUGCGGACCUGCUACAACGCCAAUCCCCGGCCCGACGCUCUGAUGAAGGAGCAGCUAGUCGAGAUGACCGGUCUCAGUCCCCGAGUCAUCCGGGUCUGGUUCCAAAACAAGCGUUGCAAGGACAAGAAGAGGAGUAUUCUGAUGAAACAGUUACAGCAGCAGCAGCCCAACGACAAAACGAAUAUCCAGGGAAUGACGGGCACUCCGAUGGUAGCGGCCAGCCCGGAGAGACAUGACGGUGGUUUACAGGCUAACCCAGUGGAGGUGCAGAGUUACCAGCCGCCUUGGAAGGUCCUCAGUGACUUUGCGCUACAGAGUGAGAUCGACCAGCCCGCGUUUCAACAUCUGGUUAAUUUCUCGGAGGGAGGCCCUGGUUCCAACUCGACAGGAAGCGAAGUCGCAUCGAUGUCAUCCCAACUUCCAGACACACCCAACAGCAUGGUCUCGAGCCCUAUAGAGGCGUAG